UUUAUAAUCAGACCUUAAUUACUAAGUAAAAGUUGAUUAAUAUCUAUAAGGAUGAAGAUACAAUUGAAUAUAGUUCUAGUAACUAUAUUUAGUAUUCUUACUGUAUUUGUUAGAGGAGAUAUAAAUGUGGUUAAUACCGAAGAGGCAGAUCAUAUUAUUAGUAAAUCCAAACAUACUAAUAAUUGGGCAGUAUUAGUAUCAACAUCACGAUUUUGGUUUAAUUACAGACAUAUGGCCAAUGUACUUUCACUUUAUAGAACAGUUAAAAGAUUGGGGAUUCCUGAUUCUCAAAUUAUACUUAUGUUAUCUGAUGAUAUAGCUUGUAAUCCUCGAAAUGCCUUUCCAGGUACUGUAUUUAAUAAUAAUAAUCAAGCUAUUGAUGUUUAUGGAGAUGAAGUUGAAGUUGAUUAUCGAGGUUAUGAAGUUACGGUUGAAAAUUUCAUUCGAUUAUUAACUGAUAGAUGGGAUCCAGAUCAUCCAAGAUCUAAAAGAUUAUUAACUGAUGAAAAUUCUAAUAUCUUUAUAUAUUUAACUGGUCAUGGAGGUAAUGAAUUUCUUAAAUUUCAAGAUGCAGAAGAAAUUGGAGCUUAUGAUAUAGCAGAUGCAUUUGAACAAAUGUAUGAAAAGAAAAGAUAUAAUGAAAUCUUUUUUAUGAUUGAUACAUGUCAAGCUAAUACAAUGUAUGAAAGAUUAUAUUCACCUAAUAUUUUAGCAGUUGGAUCAUCAAAACUUGAUGAAAGUUCAUAUUCUCAUCAUUCAGAUAUGGAUAUUGGAGUAGCAGUUAUUGAUAGAUUUACUUAUUAUACAUUAGAAUUUCUUGAAAAAAUUGAUAAAGAUUCUAAACAAACUAUGGAUAAAUUAUUUAAUGAAUAUACUUAUGAAAAUGUUCAUUCAAAUCCAGGUAUUAGAUAUGAUUUAUUUAAUAGAAAUGCCAGUGAAGUAUUAUUAACUGAUUUCUUUGGUAAUGUUCAAAAUGUGGUGGUUGAAGAUGAAGGUGAAGAAGAUAUCUUAUAUAUUACAAAUCAUGAUGAAAGAGGUAAAUUAGUUCAAUUUAAUCAAGAACAUAAUAAAUCAGAUGAAUCAUAUCAAAUUGAUUUUGGAUAUGAAGAUGUUGAGUCAUCUCAACAAAUAACUCCAAUGACGGCUAAUUUCAUUAGAGGGUUAGGAUUAGUUACUGGUGCUGUAGUAGUGGGGUUAUGGUUUGUAUCUACGUAGUAAUAGUUAGUAAUAAAAUUGAGUCUCAGUGAAAGUAGUAAUUGAUACUCAGUAAUGGUGGAGGUUUGAAUCUAUGUAGUAAUAAUCAGUAAUUGAAAACGGAAUGUAGUAUCGAGAUGGGUGACUAUUGAACCUUUGAAUGAAUGUGAUGUUGAUUUCUUAUUUUCCUAGCCGGAUUCUAAUGCGCCAAUAGUCGAACCGCAGAU